CUAAAUGUCCACAUUUCCAACAGUUUUCGACAGCAUGUGAAUGCAACACAAACAGAUAUAAAGCUAGCAGGCUAGCUGGAGAGCUAACAGCUUACAAACUAACAACUUUUCACAAGAGAAGACUGUAGAGAUGUUUAGGAACAAGUCUGCCUGGUUUUCCAGCAGUGUGCCACAGGCAUGCAACAACUUUUGGACAUCGGAGGCUGGGACCGUAGCUGGUUGGAGAACAGCAGAUUACCUCUUCAGUGAGGAUGCUACCUGUGAAGAUACUCUGAGGAUAUUUGAGAGCAAAGAUUAUCUUUGGAACAAAGUGGCGGUUUUUCACAGCUUGUUUCUGUCCGCCUGUGAGAAGCGGCAGAGUGUGAAGUCUGUGUGCAUCGGUCAUUAUGUGCUGCCUCCAGCCUCAGUACAGGAUGAGGUGAGACACGUGGUUGGGAGGUUGAUUUGGGAGUGUGAAGAUGAGCAGUCCGUGGCACAAGGUUUCCAUAAGAGUUUCAGUUGCCAGUCAGAAGACAAGUACAGUGACGUCAGCAAAAGCAAUUCUGAACCAUCUGACACAGACUCAUCAGAAAGUGAAGCCACUCUGCGUGCUCAUUAUCCAGUUAGUAACAUGCUCACAGGGUACGUCAGCAUGGACAACCUGCAGAAAUAUUCAGGUGAAGUGUGUGAUUUCCGUGCCGAAUGUUUCCGAUGCUCCGUCUGUAAAGCCCACUGCUGCCUCACAUAAACAAACAAGAUGAAAGCAUGUUGAAGAAGAACAUGUAGCUGUAGAUAAUGUACUGUCAGAUUAGUUAUUAUGUUUCAUAUUGCGGUAUGUGUACGGUAAUUGUGUACGCAGUAUAGAUGUAUAAACUGAAAUGAAAUAAAGCAAUGUAACAUGGCUGA